AUCAUGGUCUUGGAUCCCGCGCUAAUUGCAGCCCGGGACGCCCAGGAAGGCUGGUGGAAAGCUCAACCAAACCUUGAGGCGCUCGAUAGUGUUGUUGCACUUCACUUUCAGCGGCGACAUCCACCAGCGUCCAGCCAACACAUCAAGCGUGAGCUCCUCAAUCAGGGUUGCUAUGCGUUGGUCUACCUGUACACACUCCAUACGGCGACACAUCCGGGAAUGAUUGAUGCUGUCGUUGCCAAAGUUGUCCUGCCCUGGCGACCGCGAUAUAAGACGGACGGGGAGGUCGCCACUAUGAGGUUCAUUCACAGUCAGACAAAUAUCCGUGUUCCUGAGGUCUAUAAACAUUGCUCGGAUCUGCCUAACGACGUGGGAAUGGAAUGGAUUCUGAUGGAAUAUGUACCGGGCGAACGAGGGGCCGAUGUGUACCCCGAGCUUGGGCGCAAGGAGAAGCGACAUCUCAUCCAACAGCUCGCCAGGAUCGUUGCAAGACUGUUUAUGAUCAAGGCAACGGAAAUUGGUACGCUUCUGCCAGUCGGUGCAUCAUACGUCCCAUCCCGCAAUCGUACACUGUACAAAGACGGUGACGACGUAUCCUGGUGGAUUGGACCACUGAACGACCUCGCUUACGAAGACUUGUGGCUAAUCCGGUCCAUUCCUGCGGAUCGAUGCGGUCCAUUCAAGAACACACGUGAGCUAUUCGAAGCCUUCGCACUGCUAGGCAAGCCUCCGCUAAGAGCCCCUAUCAACCAUGCACCGGGAAACAAGUUCUUAGAGCUUUACGAUUUGGUCAUCGAUCGCCCACGGGAUACCGAGACAUUUUGCUUCUCACAUGGUGAUCUGGCAUUACGAAAUAUACUCAUUACGAGGGAUGGAGAUAUCACUGCUGUUCUUGACUGGGCAAAUGCCGGUUUUCGACCUCCUUCGCUGGCAGCAACCGCACCAGACUUUUUCGAGGACGACGAAAAAUUAUCAGGUACACCAGACAGUGACCAAACGACACCGGAAGCUCUGAAAAUUCUGCGUGAGGAGGGAGAAGAGUACUUCAUCGCCUUGUACCGCACCUUGCUUCACGAGGCGAAUCCAAGUCUGUAUGCCUCCCACGUUCACGGCGCAGAACAGCGACAGAUGUAUCACUCGCUUCAACGCAGCAGCUCUCCUGGUAAUUUGGUGAUGUGGAUGUGGAAGUAUGGGGAAGUUUUCCGAGAAAGGAGCGAGGAACGUUCGAAGGCAAGGAGAGAAUUUUCCGCAGGGCUCCCUGAUUGGUUUUAUGAGCGUCAAUGUGAGUUAGGUCAACACAAACAUGAAGAAUGGGAAAUGUGAGAGAAGC